CGCCCUGCGUCUGUGCCCCCAGGCCACGGUGGCGGCGUUCGCGGCGAGCGAGGGCCAUGCGCACCCCCGGGUGGUGGAGCUGCCCAAGACAGACGAGGGGCUUGGCUUUAACAUCAUGGGGGGCAAGGAGCAGAACUCGCCCAUCUACAUCUCCCGCGUCAUCCCCGGCGGCGUCGCCGACCGGCACGGCGGUCUCAAGCGGGGGGACCAGCUGCUGUCCGUCAACGGCGUGAGUGUGGAAGGGGAGCAGCACGAGAAGGCUGUGGAGCUGCUGAAGGCGGCCCAGGGGACGGUGAAGCUGGUCGUUCGCUACACGCCCAAGGUGCUGGAGGAGAUGGAGGCCCGGUUCGAGAAGAUGCGCACGGCCCGCCGGCGCCAGCAGCACCACAGCUACUCGUAAGCCCCCCCCCAUAAGAACGGCCGUACUGGGUCAGACCAAAGG